UAUACACUUCCGAUGGAGAUGUCUGUGCGAUCCAAUCUAGAGGCUUCUAGAUACGAGAUAUCACCUUGAUGGUCAACAACUUGAUCCCAAAAAUGAACCAAAUGUAUACUAAUUCACAAGUUCUCCAAGCUCCAGAAACCGUUGCAAAAGCUUGCCCGUUAUGCAUCAAAAGACCCACUUGAAAUCUGGUGGUCUCCAGGACAACUCUUCCCCCCAAGCUAAGCUUUAUUAUCUCAUCAACACGAAUCGUCGACCUCUGUCUACACUAGUCUCCGGCACCGUCGCUGGACAACCAGAUGGUAGUGAAAAAUUCAUGUCUGUAUUAAGAGUUUGAAGAAAACCCUACGUAGGCACUUGAAUUAUCUAGGGAUUCGGUAAACUAUUCCUCCUUGGUAACCCAUACUUCAUCCUCGAUUUCUACAUCACAACAACUUAAGGUACCUAUAAGAGGUUUACAGGUUGAGGCCAACAAGCUACCGUAGGCUCUACUGAUUCUGCUCAAUUCAGUCAAGCCUAAUCUUUAACCAUAUAAGCUGGUGGUUGCCUCUUUUCGAGCGAAUGGAAAAGCUUUGAAAGUGCUGCCUCUGUAAGUUCCUGAAGUUUAUGGCUCAAUUGGUCAUACACACCUUCGCCAUUGAUCCGAUUUCCUUGCAGGUCUGUUUUGCCCCAUGACUUCAUUCCAACCACUUCUGCUCUCUGGUACAGACCAGAGUCUAGAUCUUCGAGUGGGAACGUCCAGAAAAAGAAACCUGUUCCCUGACAUCAGGUCUGAUGUUGAAGAUGUAUUUGUCAAUAUAGGAUUGGCGUAGCUGGAUGGGCAGCCCCACAGUUUUUCUAUGGCACACCGUUAAAUGCCAAUAUUGAAUUGGCAUUGAUGGGCGAUUUCCCUGCUGAGUUCUAACGGUGAUGCUAGAUUAAAA